ACCCGGCGCCCGGUCCACAGACACCACGUAGCCACUCGACGCUGACUAGGACGACACGACACCUGUUGGAACACCAUGAGGACGUACCUUUUAGUUCUGGCUUGCGCUCUUCUGCUUCUCGGGCAAUUUGUUUUGCCAACAGCAGCUGGUCCGUAUCUGGAAGAAGGUGAGGAAGGCUUCGAUGACUACAGUGAGAAUAACCUGGAGAGACUACUGCAGGACCCUGCUCAGAAACGAUCUUCUUUAAUUUACCUUUUCAGACGCGCAUGCGUCAGACGAGGUGGUAACUGCGAUCACAGACCUAAAGACUGCUGCUACAACAGCUCCUGUCGAUGCAACCUGUGGGGCGCGAACUGUCGGUGCCAACGCAUGGGUCUCUUCCAAAAAUGGGGGAAAUAGAAAGGAGGAAUUGGUGCCAACUAUCGCGGCAAGAGGCCUGUCACAACUUCAUGGCUAGAAUUUUGAGAACACUGGACAAUUGACGUCACUGCGAUCGAAGGACUCAUUGUGUGAUAAUUACUGAUAAAUGAUUCUUGUCUGUAUAAAACCGAAAUAUUUUCUUCCUGAUUUAGUUCACACAUUAACACUGAUAGUUUUUUUUUACAUUUAUUCCUAUUUACAGAGAGCUAAAUUUAUUUAAGGGUGACCUUAAUUUAGAGUUAUAAUAAACAAAAUUAUAUUUUAUACAGAGAAAUAUAAAUUCACUUCUAUCAAUAUUUCAUUAAUAUAUUACCUACGAGACUUAAAAGAAUUAAUAAUUCUUUAAGUUAUUAAAUCUUCAGUUGUGUCUUUAGUUAAACCGCCACAAUUCACAUUGUUAGGCGUGUCCACUCUUAAGUGAUACAAAAGAAAACAUCCCAGAAAAAUGAAACUUCAUUUAUUUGGAAGUCAUGAGUCUCCUUUACCUCAAGUAAUAUUAAUUCUUGUGCUAUAGGUAUUUGGUUAUGUUUAAAAUAUACCUGGAUGUAGACCAACUUGUAUUUCUAUUCCUCUAUUUUGAUUCAAGUGAAAUACAAUGUGAAAUGGAAAUGUUAUAUAUUUACAUAACUGUGCCAAUUAAAUUAUGAAAAUUGGCAACUAUAAGUAACGUAUAUGUGGCCUAGUUUUUUGGUAAAGUUAACAACAAACAUUUCAUCUAAUGCCGUUUACUAAUUAUAUCCAACGGUUUUAUGCAAUGAAAUUUGUAUCGUUAUAAUACUAAAAAAAAUAUCUGUAUGUGGUUGAAACAAGGCAUAAAAUAUAAUCUUUUUUUUCUAUAGAAGAAUAUUUCCAUAAUCAGCCACAUUUAAACACGACAAUAUUUUUAGUAUGGCCAAGUCAUCCCAUUUACAUUCAGACACAAAAUGUCAACUUACUGACUUUGGUAAACAGGCCACGUAUACAUAAGGCAACUGCGAGAAGAAAUCAGUUAUGACAUUAUUUCACCUCAGAGUUGUAGUUAUUAAAAGACUUGAGUAAAAUUCUUAAAUCAGAACAAAGGAAAUUAAAGCAUUAUUUUUUAUAACUGUAAUAUCAGAUGUUCUAGAUUUCUGUUCGGAAUUCAAGGUCAUAUUUGUCUCUGAGUAAGAGCUAACAGUGCUUCUGUAUUACGCGCAUCGUUGUGUAGUCGUUUCUUGUACCCUGCCCUGAAUAGUCUCUAUGCCAAUUAUUGUUUCACUUCCAUCCAAAUCUUCGUAUGACAUCUAUAUUCUGGUUUAUUUCCUAUCUCAUCAAACUUCAACAUACAGUUACAAAGCCUUCCAAUUGGAUGGAAUGCCUAAAGCCUGUACCCCCCCUGUAUGAAGAAAUGUCCAAUUGGAAGAGCUUCGCAAAUGAAGACAAAAAUUUUUAAGUAAAUAUCAAACUAUCCAUGAUCUGCUCUGAUCGUUCAUAUAUUAUGAAUACCAACCUUAUAAUUGGUUACCAAAGUGGGUCACGGAUAUUUUUGAAAAUGCAAAAAAUAAUAAAUACAAAUCAGGAAAUUAAAGGAAUGACAAAUAAAUAUACGAAACAGCUGCUUUCUGAUUGGGGAUUAUCCAGCCACAUCCACCAAUCAGAUGGCAUGUCUGUAGUAUAAAAUAUAUUUUAUUUCAAAUGAACAAAAUAAAGUAAUGCAAGUAGAUGUGCAUGUAUAUAAUUUACAGUUAUGUACUCUGUGUAAUUAUGACGCGUGUCCUGUGGUAUGUGCUAAUAAAUAUUGAAUAAACCCCAAAUUCCUUAGCAUC